UGGGACAGACGAACCAGGAAGCACCAGGGGCCACAAAUCAAAGCCACACGGGCCUAUAAGGACUCUGGCAGCAGGUUCUGUUCUCCUGGAUUUUGUCCAAUCAGAUCUCCUCACGGUGUCCUAAGCCAGGCGAGUGGAUGCCAUCAUUUACUGUGUCCAGUCCUGUGGUGCUUUGAAGACGCUCGGAUGUGAUUAGUCCUGGACAAUCGGCAGUCAUCUUAAGAGUGUAUCUAACAGUAGGACCACAAUGGCUGACUUGGCCUUCCUGGUUUCCGUUGUGUUAGCAGUAGCCUUGCCUGCAGCACCGAGUCUGGUCCAGCUCAACAGAGGAUUAAAGGUGGGCAGAGGCCAGUCAGUGUUUGUAACAGACAGCGAGCUGCGAUUUGAGAUUCCCAAAGAGCUGGACACCUGCAAGGUGGAGGUGGUUUUGAAUGAGCCCGCCACCCAGCGUGUUGGUAAGCUGAGCCCACAGGUGUUCGACUGCCACUUCUUGCCAGACGAGGUGAAGUAUGUCCACAAUGGAAGCCCGCUGCUUGGCGAAGACAAGGUCAUGCUGAGGCUGUACAGGUUCACUGAAUCCGAAACCACUGUGGAAACGUUCCUGUUGGAGGUGCAGGUGACGGAGCCCAAGGAAACUCUGAUCCAGUUUGGCCCCGUGGCACUUGAAGUUCCAGAAUUCCAUGGUUUAUCAAAUUCGCUGGAUAGCAGAGUGGUGUCAUUCAAGUCCAUUCCUGAUGGAGUCUGCACAGUGCGACUCAUCUCCUCAGAGACUAACGUGCCAGCACAUGGAGAACUGAUCGUGGAAGAUUCCAGUCGGGCUCACCAAAAAGAAAGUGGCGCUGGCACAGAGUUACGAAAAGUUCGACAGGCAAGGCCAGCCUGUCCUGGCAAUAAAGCCUGCUCAUCUGGAGCCAAAGAGGUGCACUUCCUCAAGGCCGACUGCGACGCCUUCCUUCAGAUGGGCCUCCGGUAUCAGCACCUGAGUCCACCUUCUCCCGAGGUUGACUAUGUCUCCAUCCGGGUGGAGAUCAGGGACAAGAAGACCCGCUCGCUGGUGCAGAUGCAGAGUGCUUGGAUUCCAGCAAAGAUACGUGGGGCGAUUCCAAACCAGCAGCCCCGUGCUGCCUUCAUGUCCAUGUUCAUUCUGGAGGUGGACCAGUUCAUUCUGACUCCCUUAAGCACAGCGGCCCUGGAUGCUGAAGAUGACGAGACCCCCCAGUCCAGGCUGGUCUUUAAUGUCACCAAGCCCCCCAUAGAGGGCUAUCUGACCCACUUAGAUGACCACACGAAGCAGAGCUCUUCUUUCACUUGGCAGGACCUCCACGAUAUGAAGAUAGCCUAUCAGCCUCCCAACAGCAGCCACAGCGGCCGUCGGAACUUUGAGGUGGAGUUUGUGGCCAUUGAUGACUUCUUUGCUGAGAGCCCUCCCAUUAUGGUGCACUUCUCCAUUCGGUCAACAGAGACCAAUGCCCCUCGGGUUUCUUGGAACAUGGGACUGGACUUGUUGGAAGGGCAGUCAAGGCCAAUUUCCUGGGAGAACUUCCAGAUCGUAGACAACGACAACAUCAAUAGUGUCUACUUUGUGGCAGUGGAUGGACCGCAGCACGGGAGACUUACUGUCCGAGGUGGCAAAGGAUUCAUGUUCAAAGUCCAGGACAUCAAAGAUGGCACUGUCCGGUACCACCAUGGGGACAGCGACACCACUAAGGAUUACAUCGUCUUCCGCGUCUCUGAUGGCAAGCACAGCAUCCGCCACAAAUUCCCCAUCAACAUCCUCCCGAAGGAUGACACGCCCCCAUUCCUCAUCAACAACAUGGCCUUCGAGGUGCAGGAGGGCGCUGUGGUCCUCAUUGAGGAGCACAUGCUGCUGGCCUCUGACCUGGACUCCAGUGACGACUACAUUCUCUACCAGCUCACCGUUUGGCCCCGCGCGGGCGAGAUUGUCAAAAAGCCCUCCGCAGGGUUGCCAGGGUUCCCGGUGAAGAGCUUCCUGCAGAGGGACCUGUUCCAUGGGCUGAUCUAUUACCAGCACCUGGGGGGUGAGCUAUUUGAAGACUCCUUUGAGUUCACGCUGUCUGAUGGGCACGAGCCUCCAAACCUGUCCCAGACUCACGUGGUGGUCAUUCACAUCUCACCUGUUAAAGACCAGCUGCCAAAGGAGGUCCCCGGCACAGUGCGGGCCAUCACCGUCAAGGAGUCUGACAUCGCUUACAUCACCAAGAGCCACCUCCAUUUCCGAGAUGUGGAAUCUCCUGACGCGGACCUCAUGUACUUUGUCACACAGCCCUGCUUUGUCCCCCAGGCUGAUAGGGAGCAGGAUGCUGGCAAGCUCUUCUUUACCGACAGCGUGGGCUCAAAGAAGAAGGACCCCUCAGUCCCUCUGCUCAAGUCAUUCACUCAGCACGCCAUCAAUCACCUGAAGGUGGGCUACAUGCCUCCGCUAGUAGAUAUCGGCCCCAGUGCCCUGGAUGUGCAGUUUAUCUUCUCUGUGAGUGACCAGCAUGGUGGCACCCUCAGCGAACUAACCUUCAACAUCACCGUCCUGCCCGUGGACAAUCAGGCUCCUGAGAUCUUCACCAAUCCCAUGAAAGUGGAGGAAGGUGCAGGGAAUUUCAUCACAUCGGAGAACCUGCUAGUCGCCGACGUGGACACCAAUCCUGACAAUCUGCGGCUACAACUGAAGCUGAAGCCAAGGCAUGGCCACGUGGAGCUGAACGGCUCACCCAUGCUGGAAGGUGACGUCUUCACGCUGGGUGACCUUCGGGGAUUCAGAGUACGGUAUCAGCAUGACGACUCCGAGACCCUGGAGGACACCAUUUGGUACACCUGCACCGACGGCUUCAACUCAGCAGAUGGCGCUCUCUCAGUCAAGAUCAUCCCAGUGAACGAUGAGGCCCCAGAGCUCAAAGUCGGACUAAAGUCAGGCCUGGAGUGUCCUGAAGGUGGCCAUGUCCUAAUCACAGCUGACUUCCUGUACGCCACUGACGCCGACAGUGAUGACACCAAGCUAACCUUCAUGCUGGCUCGCUCCCCCAGCUAUGGUGUGGUGCAUCGAGGAGGGCGUAUGGUGGACAAGUUCUCCCAGCAAGAUAUCAUUCAAGGACUCAUCUCCUAUGUGCAUACAGGUGGCGAGGUUGGGCCAAGUCCCUGCCUGGAUGCCCUCACCUUGAUUGUGUCGGAUGGAGAGGCAGGCACAGUGGACAGCUGCUGCCUAGAGGACGUCGUCCCCCCUCCUGUUCCUUUACAUGGAUCACUUCCUGUCUAUGACCUCAAUGUCACGGUUCUCCCUGUCAACAACCAGGCCCCUUCCAUUACUGUAGGUGACAUGUUCAUAGUGGAUGAAGGCUCUUCCACAGCUUUGUUGCCAGUAUUCCUUCAGGCCUCCGAUGAAGACACCUUCCCAGAGGCACUCGUCUUUCUCGUUGGCACUUCUCCACAAUAUGGCUACUUGGAAAAUACCCUUCCAUCACCUGGACACGAGAAGAGCAAUGCCGGGCUCAGUAUUGCCUCUUUCAGCUUGCGGCACCUCAAAGAUGGACACAUCAACUACGUCCAGUCUCGUCACAAGGGCGUUGAGCCAACGGCAGACCAUUUCACAGUGUCCGUGAGCGACGGCGUCCACCACUCUAUGGCCAUCCCUUUCUAUGUCAUCAUCAGCCCCAAGAAUGACGAGAGGCCUUGGCUCCUGCUGGGCAACAUGACGGUGCUCGAGGGUGGCAUUGGCGAGCUGACCUCCUCGGUCUUAGACAUCACUGACCUGGACGCUCCACCAGAUAUCCUCACCGUGUCAGUCGUCACCCAUCCCCAUCAUGGGACCAUCCUCAAAGCAGUCUAUGGCAUCCAGGUCAAGCGCUAUAAGGAGAUGAACCCUGAUGUGCGCCAACACAGCUUGCCUGUCCAGAGCUUUACCAUGAGUCAGCUGCAGCAAGGAAUGAAGCUCAUCUACGUGCACGAUGACACAGAAAGCCUCCGGGACAGUUUUAGCAUUCAAGUAACAGAUGGCAAGCACACGGUCCAAGGGACGGUGAACGUCCACAUCCUGCCGGUCAACGAUGAAAAACCUCACUUGUUAAAAAAUGCAGGUCUCACUGUGGACGUGGCAGAGAACAAGGUCAUCUCCAGUGUGGCUUUGGAAGCAGAGGACAAGGACACUCCUCGGGACCAGCUCGUCUACGUCAUCAGCAAAAGCCCCACAUUUGGACAGCUGCAGCUCAAGACGAAGGCCGGCUGGCUCCUGUUACUUCCUGGAAUGAACUUCACACAGGAGGAGGUGGACAUGAAUCGCCUGUGGUACCUGCACACGACGCUGCUGGGCUCGGAGGGCCAUGACAGCUUCCGCUUUUACCUGACGGACCAUGACAACGAGUCCCCUGCUGAGGUCUUCCACAUUUCGCUGCUCAAUGCCCAUAAAGGUGACAUUGCUCUUCUUACCAAACCCGUAACUCUAACAGAGGGUGACAAGGUCACCUUGACGACAGAUGUUCUUCUGGCAACAGAUGGCACUGGCAGAGCGGAGGAGCUGCAGUAUGCCGUCUCGGCACCACCUGCCCACGGUCACAUCGAGUUCAUCAAUUAUCCUGGCCUCCCCAUCACCGACUUCAGCCAGUUGGAUGUGGCGGCCCAAAAAGUCUGUUAUGUGCAUGACAACAGUCACGAGACGGGAGACGAUUUCUUGAGCUUCGUGGUCAGCAACGGCUUGACAACCAAGUCCGGCUCUCUCAAGUUCGUCAUUAAGCAGGUGGACCGCAUCCCCCCCACGUUACUUCGGAACAGAGGUUUGCAGCUUCUUGAGGGCACCACGGUGACCAUUGGUCCGGAGACCCUGGAACUCGGCGACCCCGACACGCCAAUGAACCGACUCGUCUACUCCAUCAGCCAGCACCCUCGGCACGGCCAGCUCCUCCUAAAGGGCAGGACUCUGGCAGUGGGCAGCUUCACUCAGCUGGACGUGAACAACAUGGAUGUGACGUAUCGGCACGACGGGGGCAAAGCAGAGGUCGACCACUUUGGGUUUGUUGCCUCGGAUGGAACCAACGAUGGCUUCCUGUUACAUGGACAGCUGCGCAAGGAGCCGAUGACCUUUACUGUACAGGUGGAGCACAGUGACAAGUUGCCCCCUCGAGUUGUGACCAAAGUGACCCCCUCAAGCGUAGAGGACCUGAAAGACGGCAGGUUUGGAGUCAGCGUCACAUCUCGUCAUCUCAAGGCUUCAGACGGUGACAGCAGAGAUGAAGAACUGGAGUUUGUGGUCAUUCGGCCCCCGUUCUUCGGGUACCUGGAGAACACCAUCACAGGAGCCUACAUCAGGAGCCGCUUCACUCAGAAGGACUUGGACAGACGAGCCGUGCGCUAUGUCAUUGACCCGUCAGUGGACACCAACUCCGACAGCUUUGAAUUUAAAGUAACCGACGCAGCAGGCAACAGUGCCACGCCAGACAUGCUGGAAAUCCAGUGGUCACGGAUCGAGCUGGCAUCAACGUGCUACCGCAUUUGUGAAAAUGGUGGCACCCUGUCAAUCCAAGUGUCUCGAAGUGGCAUCAGCGCUGAUCCUGCCUAUGUUGCCAUCCAGAUUCAUGAAGACACAGCCCGGCUGGGACAGGACUUCACGCACAGCUCUGCCACGCUGAUCCAGUUUGAUCCCGGUGUAACGACAAAGACGUGGAAAGUGUUUUUGAAGGACGACGGGCUGGAAGAAAACGAUGAGAAGUUUCAGCUGCAGCUCAAAGGCCCGAGGAAUGCAGUUUUGGGGAUGAAGGACAAGGCCACGGUGGAGAUUGUGGACCCUCGAGGAGGUCGCUGUGAGCCCGAGGAGCUACCAGCAGGUGGCAGCACCAGUGGACGGCUCACAGUCAUUCCCGAGGUCCUCGUCCCAGGGAACUCAAAGCCCAGCCUGGAGACCGAUGUCCUUCAAGAGCGUCACCGGUCACCACCGCGAGGAGAUGUGCCCCAGACGGACCACUUUUUGGAUUACGGCGGAGCCAUCGUCCGGGAUGAGGCGGCUGGGAAAUCGCUGCAGACGUUUCACGGGAUGGUGCCACUCAAACUGGAAGAGAAAACUGGCUCAGGUCCUGCCAGGAGGCCCAUGGCACGUGCCUGGUCUUGGCACACCAACAUGCGAGACGUUCCUCAAGGCGACUCCCCGGUCGUCAAUCCACAGCCACAGGUGUCCAAGACAGCCAGCUGCCCGGAGGGCUGGACGCUCCACGGUGGGCGCUGCUACUUCCUGAGCGACAAGGUGGCCAGUUGGACGGGGGCAGAGAUGGACUGCGGCAGAAGAUUCCAAAGCCACCUGGUCAGCGUCCACUCCUCCACAGAGAUGACUUGGCUACGCCAGUUUGCCAAGGGGCAGCCCUUCUGGAUAGGACUGAGGAGCACCUCUGAGGGCAUCACCUGGACCAACGGGCACGAGAUGUCCUACGCCAGACUGAAACCGGGCACGGCCCCCCAUGGCCGCAGGUGUGUGGCAACACAACCAAGGGGCACCUGGCACUGGAGGAGGUGCAGCAAGGAGCAGAAAAAGUACAUCUGUGCCCACCCAGUACACAACCUAGAAGCAUUUUAAAUAAAGACAAA